GAGCAACCAGCAGUCAGUGCUCUUAACCUCUGAGCCAUCUCUCCAGCCCCCAAGACUACAUUGUUUGUGACAGAAUCUCAUUAUAAAGCCCUGGCUGAACUGACAUUUGCUAUAUAAACCAGGCUGCUUGUGAACUUGUGACAAUCCUCCUGCCUCUGUUGCCCAAGCACUGUGAUUACAGGUAUAUGUGUACACCUGCUUUACUUUUUUAAAGCUGCAGGUGUAGCUCAGUAGUAUUGCACGUGCUGAGUACGCAGGCCUGGAGUCCAUCCCUGACACCUACUGAUGAUAGCCCUAACAAAACUGAACCCUGCUCUUUCCGCCAUCUUGGUGCCGGUGAAGGCCUGCUGGGAACAGGACUUCUAAAAGGCAAAUAUGUCUGGAAGGCUUUGGUGCAAGGCCAUUUUUGCUGGCUAUAAACGAGAUCUCCGGAGCCAGAGAGAGCACACAGCUCUUCUUAAAAUUGAAGGUGUUUAUGCUCGAGAUGAAUUCUACUUGGGCAAGAGAUGUGCUUAUGUAUAUAAAGCAAAAAACAACACAGUGACACCUGGAGGCAAACCAAACAAAACCAGAGUGAUCUGGGGAAAGGUAACCCGGGCCCAUGGAAACAGUGGCAUGGUUCGUGCCAAAUUCCGAAGCAACCUUCCUGCAAAGGCCAUUGGACACAGAAUCCGUGUCAUGCUGUGCCCUUCUCGGAUUUAAACUAAUGAAAGUAAAUAAAUAAAAGUGGA